AUGCCGACGUCAAUAGAGCAACUCCCCUCGACCGAGGAGGUCAAAGAGCAGGUCAAAGAGAGCGCUAAGGGUGCCUUCUCCGGCCUCCGGUCUCUCGUUGCCGGCGGAGUAGGCGGCGUCUGUGCUGUCAUCGUCGGGCACCCUUUCGACUUGGUCAAAGUCCGCCUGCAGACCGCCGACAAAGGAGUCUAUUCGGGCGCAAUCGAUGUUGUGAAGAAAACUGUCGCUCGCGAGGGACUGGCGAGGGGUCUCUAUGCAGGUGUCUCCGCUCCCCUGGUGGGUGUCACGCCCAUGUUCGCCGUCAGCUUCUGGGGAUACGACAUGGGGAAAAGGCUUGUGGACACGUUCAGUACGGUGCCGGUCAAGAAUAACACGCCCCAAUAUUCGAUCGGGCAAAUUUCCGCCGCGGGAUUCUUCUCAGCCAUCCCCAUGACGCUUAUUACAGCGCCGUUUGAGCGUGUUAAAGUUCUACUGCAGAUCCAAGGUCAAAAACACCUCGCGCCGGGCGAAAAACCCAAAUACUCUGGUGGAUUGGACGUCGUGCGGCAGCUGUAUAAAGAAGGAGGCAUAAGGUCCGUAUUCAGGGGCAGCGCCAUGACCCUUGCCCGAGAUGGCCCCGGUUCCGCUGCGUACUUUGCCGUCUAUGAGUACGUCAAACGCAGCCUCUCUCCCAAGGACGCCGAGGGCAACGCAACAGGGGAAUUAAGUCUGACGGCUGUCAUGACCGCCGGUGCCUGUGCAGGUGUGGCUAUGUGGAUUCCUGUCUUUCCGGUCGAUACGGUCAAAAGCAGGAUACAGACUGCCGAGGGGAGGCCGACUAUCGGUGGUGUCAUUUCCCAAGUUUAUAGAAGCGGUGGCGUCAAAGCUUUCUUCCCAGGUUUCGGUCCGGCGUUGGCAAGAGCUAUUCCAGCAAAUGCGGCCACGUUUGUGGGGGUCGAGCUGGCGCAUAAGGCUAUGAAUUCAAUGUUCGAUUGA